AUGCGCUUCAUGUGGUUCUCUCUGAUGUUCCUGACGGUCCUCUGCGUGGCUCUGCAGAUGAUGGGAGUCGCCCGACAGGCCAGGAGCUCCAAGGAAUUGAAACUUGUGAGCGAGCAGCUGGUCAGAAUGCCUGCAGAGAUGCACGGGCCCAUAAAGAACAGAGACUGGAAAAAUCUUUGGUCCGUCUCAGCAGCCAUUUUUGAGGAACCAGUAGACCAGCAACCUUUCAUACAAAGAAAAGACAAGAGUGAAAACCCUCAUUCAGAAGAGGAGAGGGUCCAAGUCUUGGAGGAUACAAGAAAAAAGCGUUCUAACACUACCAAAGCAGCUCCACUAAUAGAGGCCAAUAAACUAUGGCUUGACCAAGAUUUUCCAAAGAAACCACAGAGGCCAGUUUUCCCCAAAAGGAUCCCAAAAAUGAAAACACCUCCACCCUCUGAUGACAAAGCUGAUAAACAUGCAGUAAAAUCACUAGUUGACGACACUGUGAUGUGUCAGCCCAAAAAUCAUAUCGUCUUCCUCAAGACACACAAGACUGCCAGCAGCACCAUACUGAACAUUCUCUAUCGUUAUGGGGAAAGCCAUAAUCUGACCUUUGCCUUGCCAGCGAAAAUGCAGAGCCAGUUAUUUUACCCAACAUUCUUUGCAGCACGCUUUGUGGAGGGUGUCAAGUCUCGCAGCGUGAAGGAGUUCCACAUCCUGUGCAACCACAUGAGAUUCAGAUCACAGGAGGUCAGGAAAGUGAUGCCUAAAGAUACAUUCUACUUUUCCAUUCUUCGGAAUCCAGUGGCGAUGAUGGAAUCCCUGUUUGUUUACUACAAAGCGAUCCCAGCUUUCCGUGGUGUCAAAAGCCUUGAGGAGUUCCUGAUCCAGGGUGGGCGGAGCUACAAUGCGUCUGUGCCUUAUAACCACUAUGCACGUAACAUUUUGACCUUUGACUUCGGUCUGGAUAAUACAGCACCUAAGAACGACACCGAGCUGGACAAACGUAGCGCCGAGGUCAUCGCCGCUGUGGAACGUGACUUUCCGCUGAUCCUCAUCUCAGAGUAUUUUGAUGAAUCGCUAGUGCUUCUAAAACAUGCCCUCUGCUGGUCACUAGAUGACGUUUUAUCUUUCCGCCUCAACAGUCGCAGUGAACGCUCGCGCAGGCCCUUGAGGACAGAGACCGCAGAGCGGUUAAAAGAGUGGAAUUCACUUGACUGGCGAUUGUAUCAGCACUUUAAUGCCACUUUCUGGAAACGCAUAGAAUCCACACUCGGGCGGGCGAAGCUCCAACAGGAAGUUAUACUUCUGAGGGCAAAGAGGAGAAAGCUUGAGAAAACAUGUCUUCAGGAAGGAGGGGCGGUAGAUCCUGCGCGGGUCCAGGAUUCAUCCCUGAAGCCGUUUCAGUAUGGUGUAGCAGUUAUUCAGGGUUAUAACCUCCGACUGGGGUUAAACAAUGACACUCGUCAGCUUUGUCAGAGGUUGAUUACACCUGAGCUACAGUACACCUCAGCUUUGUACACCAAACAGUUCCCUCAGCUGAGUGCCGCUGCUGCUGCGGAAAAAAAGAUUGGGGUUUCCAGAAGCACUGCAGCGCACAGAGCUGUUGAGCGCAAUGUUGAGACAAAUGUUCACACAGCAAUGAUGAACAAUACCUCACAUAACAAUACUAAUAAAGUCAUCGUGGAUGAACAGCUUAAACAGUUUAGCUAA